AUCGGCAUCGUCGUCAGCCGGAGUCGGCGACAGCAGCGCCCCGUAGGUGCGACCGGCGCGUGCGAAGGCGGUUAAUCCGUUAUUAAUGUUUAGAGUGACUGUCGAUAUAGCGUAUUCCAGCUUACAUGGUGAAUAGCUAUCGGUCAUGCAAACUUCGACAGUCACUCAAAAUGCCAUCACCUUGAAAGGUUCUGCCCAGAUCGUGGCAGAAUUCUUCAAUUAUGGAAUCAACAGUAUACUCUACCAGCGUGGAGUCUACCCACCAGAGAUGUUUACCACAGUUCAGAAGUACGGCCUCACUAUUCUUGUUACAAGUGACGAAUCCCUGCAGAAAUACUUGGAUACAAUUUUGGCGCAGCUGAAAGACUGGCUCGAGGCCAAGGCUGUUCACCAAGUUGUUUUGGUGAUAUCGAGUGUUGACACAAAGGAAACAUUGGAGCGUUGGGAGUUUAGAGUUCAAUCAGAUGAGGAGAUGACAAGCAACAGCAAACCAAAGGAGAAGGAGCUGAGCAAUAUCCAGAAUGAGAUUAAAAGCGUCAUCCGGCAAAUUGUGGCCAGCGUCACAUACUUGCCCAUUCUGGAGACAGCAUGUGCUUUUGAUCUCCUCAUUUAUGCAGACAAGAAAUCAAGGCUGCCAAACAACUGGGAGGACUCACCGCCACUUCUUAUUGAAGGCAAUGAGACAGUUCACCUCAAGAGUUUUUCAACCAGUGUCCAUACUGUGGAUACUGCUGUGUGUUACAAGAACACGUUUAAGAUGUAGCUGCUCAUUACCCUUCCUCCCCCCUCCUUUUUUUUAUACAACUUUGCAUGUGAAUCGUGACACCUUGUAAAUUACACUUUCACUUUUGCUUGUAAGUGUCUGUCUUUUGCAAUGCAUGCCAUUAGUAGCCUGGUUUUUUGCUAUAAGAAGCUAGACAACAUUCACAUUUUUCUGCUGUACGUCAUUAAAUACGGUGGUGGACUGAUAGUUCAGACAUGCUCAAUUAUUUGGGCUGCUUUUUAAUUGGCCCCAUUGUUCUACAGCCAGUUUUGUUUCCCGAAUGUUUUCACACUGAAGGUGGUCGUGUAGGAGCAGCCCAGAGGCAUAUUUUGAUGCUCACUCUGGUUCGCUUGGGUUCUAUGCUGCUAAAUUGAGCCUUAAAGGGACCGACAGCCAACUUUUGUGGUACCCGUUUUCUUGAGUGCAACGGGAAGCUUACCGGUCAGAGCUUCUAAUCACGGAGUGGUAACGCGGAGAUCGCCGUAAAACAUUUGUAAUCAGAGUUUUUCGAUCUGCAGCGAUUAUGCAGUCUUAAUAUCACAUGCUGCAAUCAAUGAGAGGUGAGCGCGAUAGCGAUUAUACGCCAGCAGUAGUGACAAGUUAUGCCCUAAGUAUAAAAAGGCAAUGUUACGUUUGCAAAGCCUGCGGUGCUGCGACUACUGCUUUCUAGCCUAUUAAAUUAUUUUACAAUAAUUAUAGCGUUUUUCUGGGGCUUCUUAUAGAAGUACUUUGGCCGUACACAGGUCGCUUUAUCACAUUUUAGUCAAGCCAAGCCAAGCUAAGCCUUCGAAAACGAAACAAGUGGUAGGAUACACCAGCAGUGUUGUUCAUGAAGUGGUAGCAAUCCUCCACAGAACAGUAAGUUGAUGGCAUUUUGCGAGCAGCAGCGCAAACUCGCGUGCUACUCUUCAAAAGUUCAAUACGACGAGAGUAGACAAGAGCCGAGCUACGUGGGAAACGCUGCCGGACGCCGCGCGCAUGCGCCGCAGGCUCUGUUUCACUGGAAGCCACGAAAGCAGCGGCGCAUCUCAUACUUUACUUCUUUUACCUUAGAAACAAACGGGAUUGGACAAUAACAUACAUAUUCAAAAUUUCAGCCCUCGUUCUGGUGCGUGUAAAAGCAUUGGACUACGUACAACAAAGUGCUUAAG